CAAAGUACAUUAUGUACAUGAAUGCAAUACUUCAUGGGCGUGCCUGCUCUCCUGUCUUACUUAGAUCUGGUGCAAUGGAGGACACGUCAAGUCAGAAGUCAGGACAGAAUAAAGACACACUGAGCUCCCUCACGCCAGAAGAGUCUCCUGUCCAUCGUACAUACAUCAGGUUGGAGGAAUAUGAGCCUGUGGACCUCAGCACCCAGGAUCUCAUCCUAAAGAAAGCCAGAGAGGUCUGCCAAUGCAAUAUUCAAACUAUCAUCACCUUCUUCCGUCAUCUGUUCCCGGUGUUGGACUGGCUUCCCCGUUACAAUGUCAAGACACAGUUGCUUGGGGAUGUCAUAUCUGGGCUGCUGGUGGGGAUAGUUGCCAUUCCGCAGUCCAUCUCAUAUUCCUUAUUAGCGAACCAGGAUCCCAUCUAUGGAAUCUACACCAACUUCUUCUGCAGUAUCAUCUACUUUGCUAUGGCCACAUCGCGCCAUAACUUUGUUGGCACCUUUGGUGUCCUGUGCCUGAUGAUUGGGCAGUCUGUGAAUCGGCACCUUCAGCUAGCAGGGUACAGUGACGACGAUGCUGACUCAGUGGCGAAUUCCACCUCCUCCGCUAAUGGGACAGAUGUCUGUGACAGCAGUUGCUAUGCCAUCACUGUGGCCCUUUCCUUAAGCUUUCUGGUUGGUCUUUACCAGAUCCUGCUGGGGAUUUUACAGCUGGGCUUUGUGUCUGUCUACCUGUCAGAACCUCUCCUCAGCGGCUUUGUGACUGGCUCCAGUCUCACCAUUAUCACUUCCCAGAUGAAGUAUCUGCUGGGACUGAAAAUCUCUCGUCACGAAGGGGUGGGGUCCUUCAUCUUGACGUGGGUUGACCUUUUCAGAUACAUCCAGAACACCAACAUCUGUGACCUGGUGACCAGUCUGGUUGCUUUGGCCAUCAUUGUGCCUGUCAAAGAGAUCAAUGACCGGUAUAAAGACAAGAUGAAGGCCCCAUUCCCUAUAGAGCUGGUGGUGGUCAUUGUAGCUACAGUGCUAUCGCACUACUUCAACUUUGAAGAGCGAUACAAUUCUGCUGUUUGCGGGGACAUCCCCACUGGUUUCAGGAAACCCACCCUACCAGAUAUAAAACUGUUUUCCAGCCUAGCCAUUGAUGCUCUGCCCAUUGCUAUUAUUGGCUUUGCCACGACUGUCUCCCUGGCAGAAAUCUUUGGCAAAAAGCACGGCUACGCUGUUCGUGCCAAUCAAGAGAUGAUCGCCAUUGGCAUGUGCAACUUGAUCCCUUCUUUUUUCUACUGCUUUGCCAGCUCUGCAGCCCUGACGAAGACUCUGCUGAAGGAAUCCACGGGGACCCAGACGCAGGUCUCUGGCCUGGUCAACUCCUUGGUGCUGCUACUAGUGCUGCUGUGGAUUGCUCCACUCUUUUACUCACUACAAACAUCCAUCCUGGGCGUGAUCACUAUCGUCAACUUGCGGGGUGGCCUGAGGAAGUUCCGUGACACCCCCCGAAUGUGGCAGCUCAGCAAGGUGGACACAGUGGUGUGGUGGACGACCAUGCUGGCCUCCACGCUGAUCACCACAGAGAUUGGGCUCCUUGUGGGUGUCUGCUUUGCUCUGCUCUGCAUCAUCUUCCGCACACAGAGACCCAGGGCCACGCUCCUGGGCAAUGUCAGCAACUCAGAAAUCUAUGAGGACCAAUCCACUUACAAACAGCUCAGCAGUGUUGCCAAUAUCAAGAUCUUCCGCUUUGAGUCAUCCCUUUACUAUGCCAACAAGGACUAUUUCAAGACUAUUCUCUAUCAGAAAACUGGGGUAAACCCUACUCUGCUGGCUGCUAAGCAUCGAAAGGUGGAAGCCCAGGCAAAUGCAGACACAGGCAAGAGCAAGAACUUUUUCUUCACCAGGUUUGACUGUCUGAAACCUGCCAAGAAAAGGGCUGAGAAAUCUCCAGCAGAUGUCUGUCCUCCUUCCAUAGAUAUGCACACCUUAAUCAUUGACUGUGGGGCUAUGCAGUUCAUAGAUACGGUGGGUUUCUCUGCGCUAAAGGAGAUGCAUCAUGACUAUAAGGGUAUUGGUGUCCAGGUACUCUUGGCCAACUGCAACCCUUCCAUCCGCCACCUGCUCCAGAAGGGAGGCUGGGCUGGCAAAACAGACUGUGGCAGCCAGUUGGCUUUCCACAGUGUCCAUGAUGCAGUGAAGUUUGCUGAAAGGUGGUACCAUGUGCAGCAGGAGAGCAAGGAGAAAAAGGAUGCUCUCCUGGACCCUGAAGACCUGAGCUUCCAGUCAUCUUUGUAGACUCAUGUGUGAAGAAUGGUGGAUGGGUUUGGUAUGUACUUCAGGGCAGUUUUAGGACACUCAGAGCAUGCAAAAAAGACUUCAAUGAACAGCUAGAAGCAGGCACAGGGUAAAAGGUUUGGGGAAGGUGUAGACUUCAGAUUACCAAUAGGUAAACAAUCUGAGAGGCAUUUCAAGAUCAGUCAUGCAGAUAAAAAGCCUAGAUAGCUUUUAACCCUUCUCCUGCAGAGGCUGACUGGCAUGAAUGUGCUAGUCAAUGCUGGCCAUUCCUUGCUGGAGAUCUGCAAAGUGAAAAUUUCAAAGUAUGGAGGAGCAGGAAUAAAAAUGCUCUGCGUAUCUAUCAAGGUAGGAGAAAUUUUCUAAGGACCAGAAGAGCCAUGGCAUGGUUUUCUCCAUUGGGGUUGCACAGUCAUUGUCUGAUUGUCCCAUGGUGAAGUUUGAGAGGGGAAAUAUGGCCCUCUGAUACAACCUAAGCAAGCAAGAGGUGUGCUGGGCAUGAGAGAGGGUUACAGGAAAGGGGAUGAGAGAAUGGCAGAAAGUAACAGCUGUGUCAGACUAGUGCUCUCAGCACAGAUGGAUGCUUCUGAGCUGGAAGGACUUCUGCCUCUCCCGGCCUGACUUUGAAAAUUGCCUCCAAAGGGGCAUCCCCAAUCCCACUUGGCAGUGAGUGAGGGCUGUGCAGCCCUGCUCUUGAACUUGAGUUCACCAUUCAUAGCCAUGGUGUGAGCUGUGCCAUCCCCAUCCUCUGAGCUGCAGGGUCUGCUCUGCUUAAGUGCCACAGCACGAUUCCUGCCACUGGCUGACAAAGCAGUGGGACAA